GGUGGGGAUGCUCAAGUCGGGUGUUCAAUCCCCAGCAGAACGCUCUCUCUAAAGCUUUCACUUGUCACAUAUCUAAUCUCUUUUGCAGGAAAUACUAUCGUCGUCGCUGUCCUCUUAGGUAUCGCCUGGUGUAUUGAGAUGGUCUUGUACUAUGGCAUCGCGCCAUUCAUAGCGGUGAAAUUCAUCGUGGGAGCCAUGUGUGUGAUGAUAUUGCUAAUACGCAAAUGGAGGAGAAGACAUUUAGCAAUGGAUCACAACGUUGAAGAAUUUUUGCAAUCUAACAAUAACUUCUUGCCGAUAAGGUACUCUUAUUCGGACAUCAAGAAAAUCACGGGCGGCCUCAAGGAAAAAUUAGGCGAGGGAGGGUAUGGUUCCGUAUUCAAAGGAAAACUCAGGAGCGGCCACGAGGUGGCGGUCAAGAUUCUGAAGAAGGGGAAAGCGAACGGGCAAGACUUCAUCAGCGAAGUGGCUACCAUCGGAAGAAUUCAUCAUGUUAAUGUGGUUGGACUCCUUGGAUUUUGCUUCGAAGGCUCCAAACAAGCUCUGGUCUAUGAUUUCAUGCACAAUGGGUCUUUGGAUAAGCACAUUUUCUCACGAGGAGAGAGGACUUCUCUUGAUUGCAAGGAAGUGUACAAGAUUGCUCUCGGAGUGGCUAGAGGGAUCGAGUAUUUUCAUCGAGGAUGCGACGUACAAAUUCUACACUUUGAUAUUAAGCCUCACAACAUUCUUCUCGACAGGGAUUUAACUCCAAAAGUUUCCGACUUUGGGCUCGCAAGAUUGUAUUCCCCUGACCACAACACCGUGUCUCUAACUGCCGCGAGAGGAACCUUGGGAUACAUGGCUCCGGAGCUAGUCUACAAGAACCUUGGGGGCAUCUCUUACAAAGCCGAUGUCUAUAGUUUCGGCAAAUUGUUGAUGGAAAUGGCCAGUGGGAGGAAGAAUGUAGAGGCUGAUGCUGAGUAUUCUAGUCAAAUUUACUUUCCUCUAUGGGUUCAUCAUCAACUUAGUGAGGGAUCGAAAGUUCUAGUGGAAGAAGUUAGCGAGGAGGAUAAGAGAAUAGUUAAAAAGAUGAUGAUAGUUGCUCUUUGGUGCAUACAAUUGAAUCCUAGUGAUCGCCCGUCAAUGCGUAAAGUCUUGGAAAUUCUCGAAGGAAAAGCAGAUGAUCUACAAGUACCUCCCAAGCCACUCUUUUACCCAACGGAAAUGUCAACAAGGAAUGAUGGAACUUGGACCGACAAAGGCAAUGAUACUAUAUCCACUUCAUCAACUAUUGCAACAACUUAUGAAGCUUUUCAUCUUGACCAUACUAAUACUAGUAUUACACAAGCAUGGAUAAAUAUCAAUAGCAUUUAAUCCGUUCACAUUUGUGGCAAACAGAAUCGGCUCGUAUUAAUGAUGUUUUAUGUGUAGCUCCCCUUUCAUGGCCAUCAUGAGAUUGUAUGUAUCUGUGACUAUUUUAAUGGAUCAUAUUUACGAUUGUAUCA